GCCAUCUUGGCGGCGGAGCGAUGAGCGGUUCGAACCCGAAGGCGGCGGCGGCGGCGGCUGCAGCGGGGCCGGGGCCCGGGGCCCUGGGGGGGACCAAGGACGAGAAGAAGAAGCCAGGGGGCGGCGUCCUGAACCGGCUCAAGGCCCGGCGCCAGCCGCCGUCCGCCGCCCACCACCAUUCCGCGGACGGCGGCGGCAGCGGCUCCGGGAGGCCCGAGGCCAGGCGGGUCCCGCCGGUCACGGAGCAGGAGCUGCUGGCGCUGGAGACCAUCCGGCCCGAGCACGUCCUGCGCCUCAGCCGCGUCACGGAGAAUUAUCUUUGCAAACCCGAGGACAACAUCUACAGUAUUGAUUUUACCCGAUUCAAAAUUCGUGAUCUGGAAACCGGGACAGUGCUCUUUGAGAUUGCCAAGCCUUCUGCUUCAGACCAAGAAGAGGAGGAGGAGGAGGAAAGUGGAGAAGUAGAUACCAGUGCGGGACGUUUUGUUCGAUAUCAGUUCACGCCCGCAUUUCUCCGACUUCGAACAGUUGGGGCUACGGUGGAGUUCACCGUAGGGGACAAGCCAGUGUCCAACUUCCGAAUGAUCGAACGGCACUAUUUUCGGGAGCGUUUGCUGAAAAACUUUGACUUUGAUUUUGGCUUCUGCAUCCCCAGUAGUAGGAACACCUGUGAACAUAUCUAUGAGUUUCCUCAGCUCUCCGAGGACGUCAUUCGCCUCAUGGUGGAGCACCCUUAUGAAACUCGCUCAGACAGCUUCUACUUUGUGGACAACAAGCUGAUCAUGCACAACAAGGCUGACUACGCUUACAAUGGGGGGCAGUAGCUGCAGGAAGGAUGGCGCGGUGCUGCUCCAGGUGUGCGGAGGGGACCAGGCCACAACGACUAUGACCACAGCCCGCAGCCCGGCGGAGCAGCACAGGGCCGGCCACUUCCUCUCCGCCUCGGGAAACGCUGGGCAGGGCUGCUCUGUCCUUCCCCAUGCUUCUUUUCCUCCCUUUCUUCUCGCUGUCCCUUAGACCUCAAAGGUACUCUUGUUGAAUAACGGGUUAGGUAAGGCCUCUUUAAGCCAGUUAAAGAAGAAAGUUUAUUUCCACUUGGUUUUAGCUGUGUCCACUUGUUUGUGCUUUUCAGCUGAGCCCUCUCCUAGAGAACUGCAUUCAAUGGGAGGCCUCUGGGGGGCUUCUGAGACAGUUAGCGGCGUCCCAUUGCUGUGGAAGCCUUCAGCUUGGGCCUUGGCCUCCGUUAUUCCUCCUCUCACGGUCUCAGUGCUUUGACCGGCAUGGUCUUCUCUGACUGAACUUGCCCUCAUCCCAGCCCAAGGGAGCUUGGGGAGAGGGGAACAGGAGGGCUGGGUAAGGCAGGGCUUUGGCCUGGGAGUGGGGGGUCAUGAGACCAGAUACAAGAGUUAAUUUCUGGGAGGAGCCUGGCUUUCUGUUUGGUUCUCAGGACCCUCGGUCAGGCUUGGCAUCUGCCCCUCGAGUCAGACUGAGGGCUCAGCCUCUCCACAGGGAAAUUCCCAGGCAGGCCUUCUCUCUUCAUCCUGGCAGUGCCUUCCUGUCCUCAUUUUGGGGGAGCUUUAAAACCCGUGGCCAAUUUGGCGUCUGCCGCCUUAUGUGCUCAUUUCAUCUCAUUAGAUAGAAGGUGUGAAUUUUAGUUUACUCUGAGGCUGGAGCAGCCUAUUGCUACCCAGUCCAUUACCCCACUCUAUUCUUUUGAACAAUUGUGAACUUCUCAAAGAGUUUUAAACUUUAAUAAUGGUGUUUCCAGUUUAUUUGAUCUGAGGCUAGACUGAAAAUAGUAUUAAUCCAGGUUCCCAGAAUCCGCUGUGGUCAUCAAGUGUGCUGUGCUUAAUGUGGCCUGGAGCAGUAGAGAAGGAAAGAGAGGACACUGACUGUCCAUGUGGCGUGACCUCUGAACUUAAGAAACUUCUCCACUUGAUUUUCCACUGAGGUUUCUGGAAACGUCCCUAGCUGUCAGACCAAAGCUAAAGUUGUGGCCCUUGUAACUACUGGACGAGAGAGAGAUUUGGGGGGAGGCUGGGACAGGUUGUAGCAGCCACUCAGAGAUGGCAGUAACAGACCUCGCACAUCUCCCUGGUACCUCAUUGAUCGGUUCCUCUCUUUAGCUGCAAACAGUUGGCUGGUAGUGUUUGGGUAGUUUUAUGGUGCUCGACCAAAACAUCGCGGACAUCCUCACAAGCAGGUUGUCGCUGCUGGUCACCAUUAGCGCUAGUCUAAAGCUUCUGGUGGGAGUCUCCAGAGGGGCCACCAGUGAAAGGCCUGAGAGAGCCACCAAGAUUGGGGCAAAGCAGUGCCCCUGAUACGGGCGAGAGGGCGCUCCUGGAAAGGCAGGGCUGCUGGUUUGCCAGAGCCCCUCUGCUCUUUGGCUGGUUACCAGGAUGGCUCCUCAAGCCUGGGUGAUGGGAAUGGGUCAAGACUGUCUUUCCCGGGGCUGCCUGUGCCCAUGCCCUGUGCCUUGACAACAUUCCCUGUCCCAAAGGCUCCUUUGGCUGGAGGUGGGGCUCAAGAGCUGAGUGAGGGAAGGGGCCAUCUACCUGAUGACAGCUGAGCAGAAAUCCUGGUGCCUUACCUGUGGCUUUGCCCCAGUACUGCUGGGGAAGCAUUCUUGCUGUGGUUUCCUCUCCUUUUUCUCAUGGGCAGAUGCUACUUCUGCCUUAUGACCUUUGGUUUUCCAUUUUAACUCUGCUGAUGGGCUGGUCUCUUCUCCCCGCAGCGGUGUGCCCACUCGGGUGGUCUUUGGGAGCUAUGCACAUCACCACUCGUACCACUCACUGUCCUUCAGCCGUAUAGUGUGUCCCUGGGUCUCUGUGCUCCGUUGAACUUGCCUGGGGGGACAGGCUGGGUUUUGUCUUAGUCACUGAUCUAUCCAUGUGUAGUGUUCACUUUCCCUGGGAACAGGAGGCCGGAGAGGACAGUUGUUUGAGGCUGUGACUUUGCUUUGUCUGGUACUCUGCCCUGUCCCCCUGUAACCUCUGCUGGACUUCCUUGAGACUCUGGCAACCAAGAGUCCAGUCUUCAGCCUGAAAGUGAAAUAGAAAGUCAUGCCCCAUUGAUAAGGAGCCAGUGUUGUUGGUGUCCGUUUUCUGGCUUGUGUCCUUAGGUUGUCAAGAAAUGCUAGCAGACUUGGGCACUGUGAGAGCCGACACGAGGGUCAGUUUAGAAUCGGAGUCUGCGGCUGGGGUGAGAUGAGAUGAGGACAUCUCAAUUCCCUGUUAAGUAGCAGAGCCAGGUGCCAAGUUCCUAUGGUUUCCAGACUAGCACUUGGCCCUCUAGGUGGUAAGAAUGUAAAAGCAGAGACCUGUCAGGGGGGGCCCGUCCCCCGGAGGGCUAGUUCCUGAGACACAUGACAUCCUGGGAGACGUGCUGGGACCACUUGGUCAUGUGGACUCUGUCAUCUGUGUCCCUCGCUGUCCUUUCCCUCCUGUCCAUUGUAUUUCACCUUAGAGCAUUACAGCAGCCAGUCCUUUCCUACAGAGCCUCGGGGCUAAGAUACCCUUCUCCAAAGAAGAUCCUCAUUUGUUAAGAGAAACAUCUUAAAGGGUAAGUAGAGAACAGAUGAAGAUAGAUUUGGGCCAAAGGUGGGAGACUUACCCUCAACUCAUAGCUUGAAGCUAGUGACCUUUUGGAAAUAGUGCAGGGAUAUGUGCCUCCUGAGAGACACAGUCUCUCUGCCUUUGUUAUCGGAUGACAGACAGUGUUGGUGUUUUGGGACUUCUCAAGCAACCGCUGCUUGAGUCUUCAUAAAGGGGGAAGAGGUGGGUGGCACAUCUGUUAAGUGUUCACUGCAGGGCAUCUGAAUGGACAGUUUUUACUCGAUGAAGAAUACGUACAAGAGAUGUUCCUUUUCGAUACCCUGGCUGUGACUGGCUCCCUGGGGAGGUAGGUCACCCAGGAGCCUCAUAGGUAAUGUCCUCCUCUCUCUGGGGGUCAGCUGGCCCAGGCAUUGGGACAGGGUGCUCAGAAGGCCAGAGCCCACAUGUGCUCUCGCACUGGGCACCAAUGUUCCCAAGUGCAGAAAUUACCUCCUGGGAGUGUGAGCGCAGUGACCUGAGGCACUCCGUCGCUGCCGUCUCUGUGUUAAUUCAUUUCUUUGUACAAGAAGAAUCUGGUGGUUGAUGAAUUUUCCCUCUUGUUCUACAAAGGAUCAUGUAAAGUCAUUGAAGUUGUAAAAUUCUAUUUUUUCCAUGUAAAUCUAUUUUCACAGAAUGUAAGAAGCAUCAGUGACCUGUUCUGUACCUCUCCCUUUCUUCCCUGCUCUCUCCGAGACCUUUCUUCCAUUGUAAUGUCUCUGUGUCCAAAGUGAACAGGGUGACUUAUUUGUAUAAAAUGUUAUUUUGUCACAAUCGAUAGGAAUAAAAGGACAUUUUCACAGUAUGUGUCAGGAGGAGUUUCUCACUUUCCUGUGACCUCUUGGUUAAGGGGCUGAGGCAUGAUCUUUUCACCAGUGGUGAUCUAACAGUUCAUCAAUGAGGAUGGUUUGCUGUGUGGCUUUAUUUGUGUUCAUGUUUCUGGGAAGAGGCUUUUGGGGAAAGCUGUUGUUCAAAUGAACAUAGUGACGAUCAGAUUCUGCACGACUCUCAACUCUUCUUUAUUCACUAUGGGAGAAGCCAUCUUUGGAAGCUACCUCACCGCUCUACCCUUGCUCCAUGAUUGAGGGGGAAACACCAGUCUUGUGGCAAGAGGAUCCGGGUUUCAGUCCUGACUGCUGCCCUCUGGGCAGGCGGCUUAACAUCCUCCAGCUUCAGCACUCAUUUCAGCCCUACCUGGUCAGACCACAUCAGCAUCAGGCCCAGGGUUUUGUGCCAUAUCUCAAGGGAGAACAUUGACUACUGCCCUGAGGGUCAAUGGGACCAUGAGUGUACUUGGAGACC